UCUCAACAUCUUUUUAUCCUGUAUAUCGACAUCAGUGCUCUGAGAGCCCAUCUACAGUCUACCCUUUGCAAAUUAACAACAUCUAUACCAACUAUUAUCAACAAUCAAACAAUAGCACAUUCAAUAUGCUUGCCUCACGAGUUGCUAAGCCAAAGUUGUCUUUGAGCAUUUCUACGUCCACCGCCUCUCAAGCAGCCAGACCUUCUUUGUCGUUGAAGUCACCUCUGACACCCCUGAGGUCACCCGUGUCUCCUUCACCCAUCAGCCCAACACAACGCAACACCAGACUGAACCAGAGAGGAUACUCGACUAUGCAACAGCCAACAUAUGCAUAUGUCAACUCGAGUUCCUCCCGAAGCAUAUUGAAGAAGAGCUCCAGGUCAUCCACACCGGCGAGACGGCAACUGUCUUUCUCAGAAGACCCUGUCGUGCACUGCAUUACCCCGAUUGAGGAUGAGGAGUACUACGGUCACUAUGCGAAGAUGUCCAAGGAAGAGCGGAGGUGGCAAAGAAGAUGAAAUGCGCUGAUGAUAACGCUUUGA